GCGGUGCAGGCGAUAGCUCCUACCGAGGAGCAGCUCCCUCUUCCCUCGCUGCCCCCCUAGAGUCCCAUCUGCGCAGGGGCACUGGACCCCGCAGCCUGUGCCACCCCCACGUCAUCUUGGAGCUGGUGGGCGAACUACUUUGACGGUGGUCGUGGGUUUAGAAUGUGGCUUCUUGGCAUCGGUAGCCUUUAAAGAAACUAGGCUGGGUGGGUCGAGACUUUUCCCGGCGCACCAGCCCUGGGUCUGACUGCAACCUGUUUCCAGAGAUCAGGGAACGGGAUUGUGACUGCCAGUCGUCUGGGGGAGGGGGACUUGCUUCUCUUUCUCUCCAGAGACGUCGGCUUGGCACUGGAUGAAGCAGUACCGAGAGGAUGUAAAUAGGCAGAGCAACUGUUACUGAGAAGGCAACCACUACUCAAAGCCAGGGAGGAGCGCGGGGCUUCGUCCGGAUUUCGUCCAGUCGCAACAUUAAUCAACAAUCAGGUGUUGUUGCAACUUUUCAAGGUCAGCCACUGGAGCAGCUAUUCCCUUUCCGACCCUGGGGGUACAAAGAGCUUGGAUUGGAUUUGACCGAGAAAUGCACAGGACGCUGAAAGAGGAAGGCUUGUAGGUCCUUGACCCCAGGACUAUCCCCGGCUCUCCCCCAUUCCCGGCUGCCCGCUGCCAGGCAUGGGUGCGCGGAUGACAUGUGUUUGACCGCAGCAAGUUAGGCAGCAGGUAUAGGUUCACAACUACAGCCUAGCCGCCGGUGCGCCCUCCUCAAGCCAUGAGGGACCAGGGCGCGCUCCUGGCUCGCGCAUCCCGGCUGUUGCUUCUGCUGUUGCUCAAGAUUUCAGUGUCCGCCCUGGAUCUUGCUCCUGCUCCCAGAAACGAGACUUGUGUGGGAGAGAGCUGUUCACCUGCUCUGAUCCAGCGCCGCUACAGGGAUGCUUGGGGACCAGGAAGUUCUGCAAGAGAUGUUCUUCGAGUCCGCGAGCCCGGGGCGCAGCCGGAGGCAGCGGUGCGCGCAGCGCCCUCCUGGGACCUCGGGGCAGCCGUGGGCGUUGACCCAGGUGCGGGCGCAGGGGCGGAGGCGACUGUAGCCAGGCCCCAGGGACCUCAACUUGGCACAGGGAGGAAGAGAGGUUCCCGGGGUCAGGAGCGCCCUGGAGGGCUAGGGCGAGGGGAUCCUGUGGCCCUCCAGCUCCUCCUUCAGACCUCAGAGGAGGAAGAGAGGAGUUCCAGAGGUGCUAGCAUUUCCUGGCACAGUCAGGAGCAGAAUGUGAAAACGGAACCCGGAGCCAGCGAUCUUUUUUACUGGCCCAGGAGAGAUGGAAAACUCAGGAACUCCCACUACAAACCCUCACCCGAGUGGGUCAGCGGACCCGCGGGGCACGAAGGUCGAACUCUUGCACCCCCUGGCAGGGCGCUAGCCCAGAAUGGAUCCUCGGGUGAGGAUGUCCAGGACCGCGGGGAUCCUCGCCGGGGGAACAGUACCAACCGUCGUGUGAGGUUGAAGAACCCCUUCUACCCGCUGACCCAGGAGUCCUACGGAGCCUACGCCGUCAUGUGUUUAUCGGUGGUGAUCUUUGGCACUGGCAUCAUUGGCAACCUGGCUGUUAUGUGCAUCGUGUGUCAUAACUACUACAUGCGGAGCAUCUCCAACUCCCUUUUGGCCAACCUGGCUUUCUGGGACUUUCUCAUUAUCUUCUUCUGCCUUCCACUUGUCAUCUUUCACGAGCUGACCAAGAAGUGGUUGCUGGAGGACUUUUCCUGCAAGAUAGUGCCCUAUAUCGAGGUCGCUUCCCUCGGAGUCACUACAUUCACCUUAUGUGCUCUGUGUAUAGACCGCUUCCGCGCUGCCAGCAACGUACAGAUGUACUACGAAAUGAUUGAAAACUGCUCUUCGACAACAGCCAAGCUGGCCGUCAUAUGGGUCGGUGCUUUACUGCUGGCACUUCCAGAAGUUGUUCUCCGUCAGCUGAGCAAGGAGGACCUGGGAUUCAGCGGCCGAGCUCCUGCAGAACGAUGUGUCAUAAAGAUCUCCCCCAAUUUACCGGACACCAUAUACGUGUUAGCGCUCACCUACGACAGUGCGAGGCUGUGGUGGUAUUUUGGCUGUUAUUUCUGUUUACCCACCCUUUUCACCAUCACCUGCUCUUUAGUGACUGCGAGGAAAAUCCGCAAAGCGGAGAAAGCCAGCACACGAGGGAACAAGCGGCAGAUCCAACUAGAAAGCCAGAUGAACUGCACAGUGGUAGCCCUGACCAUUUUAUACGGAUUCUGCAUUAUUCCUGAGAAUAUUUGCAACAUUGUCACUGCCUAUAUGGCUACCGGGGUUUCACAACAGACCAUGGACCUCCUGAACAUCAUCAGCCAAUUCCUUUUGUUCUUUAAGUCCUGUGUCACGCCCGUGCUGCUUUUUUGUCUCUGCAAGCCCUUCAGCCGGGCCUUCCUGGAGUGCUGCUGCUGUUGCUGCGAGGAGUGCAUUCAGAAGUCCUCCACAGUGACCAGUGAUGACAACGACAACGAGUACACCACCGAGCUGGAGCUCUCCCCGUUCAGUACCAUACGCAGGGAGAUGUCCACCUUCGCUUCAGUGGGAACUCACUGCUGAAAGGAACUAGUUGGUUUGGUCAGAUCUGUUUGUUUGAUUUUCAUAUCCUUGAACAUUUUUACCUAGUAUUUUUUCCUUACGUGGAAAACACGCAAAAAAUAAAUUAAUAAACCAAGCAAAGGAAUACAUAUUAACAACUAUAGAACUGAUUUUGCAAAUUAAUAUUUGUGCUCCGAAAAAGAAAGUGUUUAUAUUUAGUUAUUGAAGAAGAACCAAAAGGCCAAUAGUUUUAGAUCAUUUUAUCUGGUCUGGUGCUAAUAUUUUAUUUGGAAAAGUUACUGCACCUUAACUUAAUUAAUUGGCUAGAUUUCCUUUCAAAAUGUAGUGUUGUAUAUUGAUUAUAGCUAUCUGGAUUUGCAAGUUAUUUUAUGUUUAAAUUGUGACUGCACAUAUAUUGUAUAUGAUACUGUAAGAUAAUCUGUAUGUAGAGGCAUUCACAAAGUAGCACCAAAUAAACUACACUUUAUUCUUU